AUGCUCGAGACCGCCAUGCAGUCGGAUCCAUACGUCGAGCGGAACUCCCGACUCGUGACUUUCCGUCAAGACGUCCUGCGAUCGCAGUCCAGGAUACGCGUAAGGCACCACUACCCGACCUCCCGGAUUCAUCAACCGGGAUUGCAAUCUCCCAAAGUUGCGCCGAAAGUGCUCCAUAUUCCGACCUUCCACCAUCAGAUCCGUCUGCGGCAUAAUAAACAUCUCAAAUUGCUUAACACUAAAAGAAAGUAA